CGAGUUAAAGAUUAAAAAACAAAACAACAAAAACAACAACAACAACAAUUACAACAUCUUUUUGAGAAGCUUUAAAACAUGGAUAUACUGAAUAAUGACGCCGAUGCUGGCGUAUCAGAAAUCGCCAAUUAUUAUGCCGGCAAAACGAUAUUGAUAACGGGCGCCACUGGAUUCAUGGGCAAAGUGCUCGUCGAGAAAUUGCUACGGAGCUGUGCUGAUCUAAAUGCCAUCUAUCUAUUAAUUCGGACAAAGAAGGGCGUUGAGCCAACUGUGCGGAAGGAGCAGUACUUCAAAUGUGUCAUUUUUAACAAACUCUUUGAGAAGCAUCCCGACAUCGUAAAUAAGGUGCGCGUUAUUAAAGGCGAUGUGCUCGAGCCGAACCUUGGCCUGAGCGCCAAUGACAUCAACACAUUGGCCAACAAUGUGCAGAUUGUGUUCCACUGUGCGGCAAAUGUGCGCUUCGAUCAGCCACUGCGACCGAUGGUCAACAUGAAUGUCGUUGGCACCUUAAAGGUACUUCAACUUGCCGAGAAAAUGAGCCAAUUGCAGGCUCUGGUCCAUGUGUCCACAUCAUUCUGUCAGUGCAACGAGGGUUCCGUGGAGGAACGCGCCUAUCCAGCGCCACAGAAUCCCUUCGAUAUAAUCGAAAUGGUCGAAACGAUGGAUGAUGCUGCUCUGGCGGAAAUAACUCCCAAAUUGCUCAAUGGCUUGCCCAACACGUAUGCUUACAGCAAGGCACUCUCAGAAGAUCUAAUUUGCAGAUAUACCAGAAAGCUGCCUGUAAUCGUCACAAGGCCUUCCAUUGUGACGGCAGCCAUAAGCGAGCCGCUGCCAGGAUGGAUCGAGGGCGUUAAUGGGCCAACCGGUCUGAUGGUUGGCGCCGCACGCGGCGUCAUACGUUCCAUGCACUGCAAUCCGGAUUAUAAAUCAACAGUGAUCCCCGUCGACAAGGCCAUAAAUGGCAUGAUACUCUGCGGCUAUCAAUGUGGCAAGGUCGCUGCCGAAUCACAGACGACAGACAAACAGAGUAACGUUCAGUUUUGCAACCUGUGCAUCCCCAGCAAGACACUGAUGUCCUGGGGCGAGAGCAUUGAGAUGGGUCGCCGAUUCAUCUACAUAGCCCCGCUUAGUCUUGCCCUUUGGUAUCCGGGUGGAUCGAUCAAGCAAAACUAUUACCAUCAUCUAUUUUGCGUCAUAUUCUAUCACUAUCUACCUGCCUAUUUUAUAGAUUUUUGGAUGCUGGUCUUCGGCCAGAAGCCCUUCUUGGUAAAUGUGCAGCGUAAAGUCUCGAUGGGAUUGAAGCUGUUACAGUACUAUACAACAAAAGACUGGGACUUUAGGACCGAACGAUUUCUGGAGAUGUGGAACAAGCUGAAUAGGACAGAUCAAGACAUUUUCGACACAUCGGUUAGCCAAGUCAACUGGGAGCUCUACAUUAGCAAUUAUAUACUUGGCGUUCGCAGAUAUAUUAUAGGUGAAAGUGAUGAUACAUUACCACAUGCAAGGAAGGUUCUACGCCGUCAAUAUAUCCUUGACUUGGUCAGUAAGAUUCUGUUCUUCACUCUGAUAUUUUGGUUCUUGUGGACGCAUUUGGAUGGUUUUCUGGAAAAAAGUGAUGCAUUUAUACGAUCAUCACUAUAUAGUAUUUAUAAUGAACAAAACACAACAGCACAAGCUUAAUUAUAUUGUUAAUAUAUCAAUAAAUCGCUUUAAUAUUAAUUGAAUUCAAAAAAA